AGAAAGUUGGACGGAUAGGAACGUUUAAACAAAAAAAAGAAAAUAUAUUCAAAAUGCAGAUUGAAGGAAAAAAUGUGAUUUUCAUUGGAGGAUUCGGAGGUGUUGGUUCAAAGUGCUCUGAACUCUUUUUGAGGAAAUCUGUGAAGAGCCUUAUCAUAUUUGAUCGUUUAGAAAACGAAGAGUUUUUAAGUUAUUUGCAAAAUACCUACAAAAACUCCUUCGUUGGCUAUGUACAAAUGAAUCUGGCGAAACGCGAAACAAUAUCCAAAGCCUUCUUGGAGGCGCAUAAAAUGGUGGGCCACUUCGAUAUUGUGGUCAAUGGAGCGGGUGUUGUCCAAGAGAGUAAUGUUGACCUCAUGGUUGCUGUUAAUUUGACAGGCGUUAUUCACAGUUCAUUGGAUGCCAUGGAAUACAUGAGCAUAGCAAAUGGAGGUCAUGGUGGCCUGGUGGUAAACAUAUCGUCAACUGCCGGUCUGGGCACCUUCGAAAUUGCCUGUGUCUAUUCGGCUUCCACAUGUGCUGUUACCAGUUUCACCAGAUCCAUUGCGAGUCCUAUUUACAACAAAAAAACUGGUGUCAAUUUCAUAACGGUGUGUCCAGGCCCCACUCGAACUCCCAUGUUUGAUAAUUUAGCCGAAAAGACGACCGUAGCUAAGUAUUCUUCAGAAACUCUGGACGAGUAUGUCAAAGUCCCGCCUCAAUGUCCCGAGGCGCUUGCCAUCAACUUUAUGAGGGUUUUGGAAACAGGAAAGAACGGUUCCAUAUGGGUUUUAGAGAAUGAAGAAAUGCACGAAAUUGAUUUUCCUUCCCUCUGUCAUCCAAUCCGGAAGACAGGUUAAGUGAUCAAACAGAAUAAUGAUGACGGUUGUUUGUAAUGAAUAAUCUCUAUUGUUCCCAGUUUUACCAGUCAAUUUGAUAUUAAUAUUUAAUACAUAUUUUUUUCUAAUUUUAACAAAACAAAACGAAAAACUAACAUAAAAUUA